AAAUAAAGAAUGUAACAAAUCUUUUAGAUUAAUACUAACAAAAUCAAAGCAUAAGCAAAAGACUGGUAAUACAACAGUAUUAAUUUCACGAGAUGCAGCCUUCGUUUCUUAUCCCUCUUUCCCGUGCAAACAAACCUAAAAUUUUGCAGAGGAGAGAUCGAUGAUAAUGGCGCCUUGGAGGAGCUUCCAGCUUCAACCGCAAAGGGCUUUGGGUACCAUUCAAUCUCCAACCCUAUUAUUAUUUACCAAUUGUUUCCAUUCUUCUAAUCCUGGUUCCACUGCCACACAAAAAGAUUCACUUUUCUUCAGAUUUAAGUUCAAAUCUGCUUCUUUUAAGCACCUUGAUGAUGCCUUAGCUUCCUUUAAUAACAUAAUUCAUAUGCAUCCUCUGCCUUCUAGAGUUGAAUUUAAUCGAUUUUUAUCUGCUCUUGUGAAAAUGAAACAACAUCACACUGCCGUUUCCUUGUCCAAAACUAUUGAAUUGCUAGGGAUCCCACAUGAUAUUUAUUCUCUAAAUAUCUUGAUUAAUUGCUUCUGUCACUUGCACGUUGUGAAUUUUGGCUUCUCUAUUUUGGGGAAAGUCCUCAAAUUUGGAUUGGAGCCUGACAUUGUGACAUUUACUACCUUAAUCAAUGGGCUUAGUGUGAAGGGUCAAAUCUAUGAAGCAGUAGAUUUUUUCGAUGACAUGGUUGCAGGAGGUUAUCAACCUAACCUUCAUACUUACAAUGUGAUAGUUAACGGGUUUUGUAAAUUUGGGAAAGCAAAUGUGGCUGUUGGGUUGCUAAAGGAAAUGGUAGAGAGAGGUUGUGAGCCAAAUGUUGUGACUUACAAUGCAAUCAUUGAUGCUCUUUGCAAGAAUAAGCUAGUUGUUGAGGCUUUAGACCUCUUCUCUCAAAUGAUUCAAAGAGGUGUGGAGCCUGAUUUGGUUACUUAUAACUGCUUAAUUCAUGGUCUUUGCAAUUUAGGAAGGCAGAAUCAAGCUUUGGCCUUGUUGAAAAAAAUGGUAGGGCAAAACAUAUCACCUGAUGUUUUUACCUUCAGCAUAUUUAUUAACACUCUUUGUAAGAAAGGAUUGGUUUCGGAUGCUCAAAGUAUAAUCAAGAUAAUGGUUCAAAGAGGUGUGGAGCCUAAUGUGGUCAUCUAUAGCACCUUAGUUCAUUGUCUAUGCUAUUUAGGCAAAGGGAAGGAAGCUUUGGCGUUGUUGAAUGAAAUGGUGAGGCAGAACAUGUCACCAAAUGUUCUUACCUUCAAUAUAGUGAUUGACACUCUUUUUAAGGAUGGAAUGGUUUUAGAGGGUCAAGAAGUUGUCAAUAUGAUGGUUGAAAGGGGCAUAAAACCUGAUGCAAUUGCUUACAAUUCAUUGAUAGAUGCAUAUUGUCUGCAUGGUCAAAUGAAUAAAGCUAGAGAAGUAUUUAAUCUGAUGGUAACAGAUGGAAUAGUUGAUAUUUUUAGCUACAACAACUUGAUUAAUGGAUAUUGCAAGAGCAAAAAGAUCGAUGAAGCAAAGAAACUUUUUGAUGACAUGCCUCAAAAGGGUUUAGUUCCUGACUCUGUUACCUUUAAUAUUCUUAUAAAGGGCCUCUGGGAAGCAGGGAGGACGCGGACUGCAAAAGAGCUUUUCAAGAACAUGUGUUAUCAUGGUCAGCAGCCAAAUAUAAUAACCUUCUCAAUUUUGCUUCAUGGUUUAUGCAAACAGGGAGACCUUGAUGAGGCGCUCACACUAUUUAAAGCAAUGGAAAAGAGUCAUUUGGAGCCUGAUCUUGUGAUCUAUAACAUUUUGAUCAAUGGUAUGUUCAAAGCUGGGAAGAUUAUUGAUGCCAAGGAACUGUUUUCUAGGCUCUCUGAAAAAGGUUUACAGCCUAAUGUUUAUACAUAUACUGUGAUGAUAAAAGGACUUUGUAAUCAAGGAUUAAUAGAUAAAGCACACAAUGUCUUUAGAGAAAUGCAAGAGGGUGGAUGUUUACCAGAUGGAUGUUGUUAUAAUGUAAUCAUUCAAGGGUUUCUUAGGCACAAGGAUGUACCAAGGGCAAGAAAACUUAUUAAAGAAAUGGUUGGUAAGGGAUUCUCUGCCGAUGCGACGACUGCUGAAUUGGUAGUACAUUUAUUGCACAAUGGUGAUCUUACUUUGAGAAAAUUAUGAAACAAAUUUUAAGGUUCUAAAAGCGAAAUUGUAAAGUAAAAUUUUAACAAUCAAGGCCAAAUCAACAAAAGCAUGAGAUUUGUGUUGUCAGUUAUUUGUAUUUUAAUCUAUUUCAAUACUAGUGCAAUUACAAUGCUGCUAGUUGGUAGCUUUUUUUGUAUUAGCACUCAUGAUUUUGGUUGUACAAGCAUAGUAACAUUUUUUAUUCCGUGUGUGAUGGUCACGUAGAAUGUGAUGACUUGCUAACUUCCAUUAUCAGUCCUCUAUCUCUCUCCCUA